CAUUUUUAGGAGAUUCAAGCUAAAUUUCAAGACUUCACCCAGACCAUUUCACUGAAUUCGGAGAUGUACAACCGAUGUGACAGAUUUGCAAAAGACUUAGUUGCUGAAGGUCACACAGAGACUGUUACGAUAAAAGAUGAACAGGAUAUUUUAAGGUUGGUUUUGCAUUGGUUCGACUUCAAGGCGUAUAAACACCUUUAUAGAUUAGGUAUGACUAUGCUCCUGUAUUACCUUAACUACACCUAUUUUUGUAUAGAUCGAUGUGGCGUCAACUUCAAGACCAAAUUUCUUCUCGUCAAGAGAGACUGCACAGUGCUUCAGAGAUUCAUAAAUUUAGCAACGACCUUGACGACUUGCUGGAUCGUAUUCAACAGAAAGAUAACUCUUUAUCUUUCGACGAUGUUGGCCGAGAUGCUGGAACUGUCCAGGCCUUACAAAGACAACAUGAAGUAUUUGAACAUGAGUUGAAACCAAUGGGAAAUGAAGUUUUGGCAAUACUGAAUGAAUCCAGACGACUUAAAGAAGCUUACAAAGGUUUAUUUUAUGUUGUAAUUCACGGACAGUGACACAUUUAGCUGUUUAGUUAUGUUUAGAUCUAUCAGCACUGUACCAUGCUCUCAGUUUUCUAAAGGCCCAGAAAAGUAGGAAACAUUUAAAGCUCGUCAGUUUCUUUAAUGUUACCAUCCAGGCCUUGGGAACAUUGCUUUGGAAACAACAUUUGUAAAAUGUGAUUUUUGUUGCAGGAAUAAUCCUGACCUUUAGAAAACAUGUCUAGGAAACAAUGUUUCCUAGUUUGCCCUGCUGGGCGCAACUACAGGAGUAUUGUACAACUGUGCAUGUAUCUUCCACUGCUCAGAUAACACAAUAAAUGUACAGCCGACUUGCUGCAUAAUUCAUGCCGAUUUCUUUCGUUGUUAGGUCAAACAGCUGAGGCGAUUGAUGAGCAGGAACAUUUGAUUUCAACAAGUUGGAAUGAACUGACACAGAAGUCUAAAACUAGAAGGAAAAAACUGGAGGAUUCGUUGCAGUUGUACAAUCUAAGCAGUACCGUAAGUAGUCACCAAACACUAACAUAACUAAAGUAAUUUUACUCAUUCAGGAUAAUUUUAUCAGAUCUCCACUAUUCUCUAUAGAGGAGUACGUAGUACCAGAGUACCCGAAGAAGCCCUGUAGUAUUUGAGUCAAAGUGGAAGCAUUAGUGUCAAAUUCUCUGCAUUUACAGCUAAUUCAAAAAAGGUUGUCCUUUGCAAACCUUAAACUCUAAACCAUAAACUUUAAACUCUAAGCGUGCAUCAUAAUGGGAGCAUCAUUUAAUCAGUUUAGAAAUCAUAUAUGGGGCGCAUUUCUUAGAGACAUGGCAAGUAUAUCCUUACGAAAACAAUUCAUUCAAAAAUAGCUGCAAUAUUUAACUACUAAGCUUGAAACUUGUGAUCCCAUUAAGCUUUGCACGCUUACGCCCGUAUUCUAAAAGCUCACUCACACUCAAUGAGUGGAAGUUCAAUCUCAGCUUCUCUUGAGCGUCAAUGCUGUUUUUGAAUAGCUGGAGGGCUAGUGUCAUACCUUACUAUGUGACUACUCACCCUCCAGCUGUUCAAAAACAGCAUUGACACUCAAGAGAAGCUUAGAUUGAACCUCCACUCAUUGAGUGUGAGUGUGAGUGAGCUUUUAGAAUACGGGCGUUAAUGUUUUUAAAAGGUUUAGAGUUUAAGGUUUGCAAAGGACAACCUUUUUUGGAUUAGAUGUAUACAAUCUAACCAUCUCAUUAUGUGGUAUGUAUGCAUUUAGAUUCGUGAUUUAACGUCGUGGUGUGCAGAAAUUAUCCAUUCAAUGGAAAUAGUCGAUGUUGUGGAUGACAUUCCGUCGGUGGAGUCACUUCUCAUAGGACAUGAUGAGAGAAAGAAGGAAAUUGAAGCUCGAGAGGAAAUGUUUGGUAGUGUCAUUGCACAAGGAGAACAGAUGAUCGAAUCAGGACAUCAUUCCAGUGAAGAGGUGAACAAUAAUUAAACAUUAGUUUUAUAAUGAAAAAAUCUUAAUCUUUGAUCAUUUUCAUCUCAUAUCAUAUCAUACCAUACCAUACCAUACCAUACCAUACCAUACCAUGCAUACCAUACCAUACCAUACCAUACCAUACCAUACCAUACCAUACCAUACCAUACCAUACCAUACAGGUACCAUACCAUACCAUACCAUAUCAUACCAUACCAUACCAUAGUAACCAUACCAUAUCAUAUCAUAUCAUACCAUACCAUACCAUACCAUACUAUGCCAUACCAUACCAUACCAUAUACCAUACAUACCAUACCAAUUUCAACUAAUUUUAUAUUAUCAGUAUAAUUGGAUUAGUGCAAGAUAGACAUAAACUUUUUAUUCGUUUACAGAUAAGUGAAAAAGUGGAGUUAUUGCUGAACGAAAGAGACAGGUUACAUGAAAGCUGGACGCAAUGUCAGACACAAUAUGAUCAAAUGUACGAACUCGCUGUGUUUAUGAAAGAAGCGAAACAAAUUGAAACAAUUAUGAGUUCACAAGAGGUAAGAUAUUUAUUAUUAUGAAUUACACUAUUCCAGUUAGCUUGAGAGAUAACCCACGCGACAUGAACUUUCAGAUAUAGUUACUAUCAAAUUCACACAGUGCAUAUCCAAAGACCAAUACAUGUCUUUUCUCUACGUACAAAAGUAGACAGUAUCGUCUCGCUGCAAAGUUGGUUGUGUAUACGAUUCCUGAACUUUUAUCCUGAUAACUUUUCAGCCAAGCAAACUUUUCAGCCAAGCAAACUUUUCAACUUGCCCGGUGUGGAUGCAUACUCAGAGUAACAUCACAAACAUCAUAUUUACUUGAGUAUAUAACACCAACAGACACACACAAAAGUUAAGAUAGUUUUAUCUGGUUCAUAAAUUCUAGCUUGUGAUGGCUGGAGCGGAACUUGGGAGUGCUGUAGACGAAGUUGAAUCACUCCUCAAGAGACACGAGAACUUGGAAAAACUUGUCUUAAAUCAAGAAGAAAAGAUAGCGGCUUUACAGGAAUUAUCUGACAACCUUGCAAGUCACGAACAUUUUGCUAGUGAUGUGUUAAGGGAGCGAGUAGAUGUUUUGUGUCAACGUCAUGAGAGGCUGCAGAAUCUGCUCGAGCAAAGACGUGAUAAUUUAGAAGAUUCGAAGAGGCUGGCCCAGUUUUAUCAGGAUAUUGUGGAGGUAGGAAUAAAUGCUUUAAAUUUUAACUGGAUUGGUGGGCACCUGGGUAAGCUGGCUCAGCCCCUAAAUAAAGACAGUUUAAUGUAGUUUAACUUCACGUUUACUGUAUCUUUUCAAACAGUUAAAUUCUUGGAUUACUGAGAAGCUUCAGACUGCUUCGGACGAUUCUUAUAAAGACCCAAGUAAUCUGGAAAGCAAGCUCAAAAAACACGCUGCAUUCUGCGCCGAAAUCACAGUUCAUCAGGAAACUAUUAAUGAUGUCAAAACUAUUGGAGACGCAUUAAUAAGUAACGAACAUUACGCCAGCGAUGAUAUUGCACAGCGACUGGAGUACUUGGAAAACCGCUGGCAAGAGUUACUGCAGUCGUCAAGUAUAAAAAGCCAAAGGCUUGCGGAAGCGAGAGAUCACGUGAAGUUCAAACAACAGGCUGAUACCUUGGAAAUGUUGGUUAAAGAUAAGGUAUGCUGAAUACCUCAAAGCUUAGAAACUUUGUUCUCAUGCUUGUCCCUCUUGUGAAAGCCUAAUUCCCAUUUGAUCUAAGCUAUCGUAGCCAAGUCAAUGUCACCACUGUGAUACUAUACAAUAAAUAUUGUAUUGUAUGUUAUUUUCAGGAAAAUAUCGUUUCAUCUGAAGAUACAGGCAACGAUUAUGAAGAAUGUCAAAUUUUGAACAGAAAAUGUGCGGAAUUUGGGCAAGAAAUUCAAGUUGAAAGUCAGCAAAUUGAAGAAGUUAUAACGUUAGCCAAUAAACUGGCUUCCGUUCGUCACUCUGGUGUGGAAAACGUUCGUGACAGACAGCAACUGUUGAGUCAAAGAUGGAAAAGAUUGAAAGAACUGACUAUCAAAAGGAAACAAAAUUUAGCCGCUGUCUUGCAAGUGUUCUCGUUCCUUAAAUCGUGUGAUGAGCUACUGGACAAUAUUAAUGAAAAGGUAUAUAGUCCGGAAGUAUAAUACUUCAUCAAAGAGCCACCUUAAAUGAAAAACGGAUGUGCGACACGUGUGAGGUUAAACUAAACUGCAUAGCUCUAUCAGUUUUGUCUUUUUUCUCCCAGGAAUUCCGUAUAGGGAACAUUUUUUCUGACCCGGAGUUACUAUGGGAUCGGAGGAAACUUUUAACUAUACUAACUUUAUUUGUACUGGAUAACUCUAUCAGUUCUAAAGUGAGGCCAUCUUUAGGCCCAAUGUUACUAAAAUGCAGGAGGAAACCAGAUUGGAAGCACUCUUCUCACAUGUGACUGAGGUGAAAUUAUAGCAAGUCAACUGCAUAAUGCAAGAAUAGAACCUCGAUCACCUAAAAGCAUAUGCACAAACCAUUCUUUAGUGCUCUUUUUGCCUUAGUGAAAUCUUCAUCGAAGGUACAGUAUCUAAAACUAGAGAAGCCACCUCAAAGUUGUUUUGAUAUUUUCCCAGGGUUCCCUGGCUUCUAUAGAAGAGUACGGCAAAGAUCUGCCUGGUGUCGAGUCACUGUUACGUAAACAUGAUGAGCUGGAAAGGAAUGUGAUUCUGUUGAACGAUUCUUUUGAAAAGAUGAAAGACAAAGGAGAAAGCCUCAAAACGAAUGAAACGAAAAUGAAACAAGAUUUAGAUCUGAAGAUUACUGUCAUGAUGGAGAAUUUUGCCCGAGUGAAUCAACUCGUUGUCAACAGGUAGCAAAGAGUAUUAUAUAUUUUGUGAAAAGAUAUUCGUACAGUAUUAACAACAGUGGAUUUUGUUGAAAUAAGUGUAUGGUUUAAUCGAAGCUCUACUUCAUCAACGUCUUAAACCAGGCUCUAUACCUCUGCCCCUUCCCCUCUGAAACCGCAAGGGGAGGGGGAGGAGUUAAGGGGCGUGGUUGGCGAGGUUGACCUUUCAUUAAAGUAUUAACGAUUUUCAUUGGAAAGUACUAUUCUUCGGAAUAUCUCUAAUUUGUGACAAAGGAUUUUUGCUUUUACUGUGAACAUAUGUUUUGAUUUUGAAACUUCGGUCAUAGACAAGAGUUUUGUACUUCGGUGUUUUUUCUUGAAAUAACAACUGGAGCACUAAGGAUCAUCCUUAGAAUUCACAGAGCUAUCCAGUAUAAAUAAAGUUCCUACACUUUGCGUAUUUUUCAGGCGGGAUAUGUUGGAAGAACACAAGUUACUUCAUAUGUUUCUCUCUGAUUAUGACGACCUCUUGUCCUGGCUACAAGAUCUACUGCACCAUCUUAAAUCUGACGAAUUACCUCAAAAUUUGAAAGCAUCGGAAGAAGCUCUAGGAGUACAUCAGGAACGACGGGUAGUUAUCCUUUUUAUCCUAUCCAUUCCUAUGUAUCCCAGUUAAUCCAAUUCUAUAUCUUAAUUUUAAAUCUACAGAGAAUGAUGGACGCUCAUCAAGGUCAAUCAAACCGCUGCGUGGAGUUGGGAAACCAACUUAUUAAUAAUGAACAUUUUGCUGCUUCGGAAAUUCUGAAGAAUGUAACAAAACUACAAGAUCUCUUGUCUAGUGUUGAGGAAGAAUGGAAUGGAAGGAAAGAAUUAUUGGAGCAAGGAUUACAACUUCAGGUGUGUUGUGAACAAAUCAGGGUGUUAACUAGAAGGGAAAAAAAAUUCGGCGAUUUAAUGAAAUUGGGAAAUCCAGUUAGCCCGUGACAUUCAGACCUAAGUUAAAAAAUAUCUCAUAUUCUCCUAUUUUGUAAUUGUGGUUUGAAUGUCGCGUCUCUUAAGUGGCAAUCUCGUUUCCUAGCAGAUUUCAAUUGACCCGGGUGAACUAAAUUGAAACCUUUGGAGUACACGUUUACUGACAUUGUUUUGCGUACUACAGUAACAACAGACAAAUACAUUUUUGGCCGAAUGGCAUCCUCGCAACACUUACCUAGUUCCCAAUUCUUCUUAAGCAACGUCCUGAAGUUGAAUAAUAAAAUAUAUAAUAAUAGUUACUUUUUUGGCCGAUCUAAUUAAAUUGCGAGAUUGGUAGCUGAACGUAAUUGGGUAAACUCUGUAUAACUCCAAAUUUUUGUCUGUCGCUUACACUGCUCAAAUACAUGCGGUUUAUUCUGUACUGAAUCGAAAGUUUUCUGACUUGAGGUUCUAUUUUAAUUUUGUUUCAUUUUUGUAGCGUUUUCUGGCAGAUGUAAGCCAAUUCGAGCACUGGAUUGUGUCCAAGGAGACUUAUGUUUUAAAUGACGACUUAGGCGAUUCUCUGCCCUCCGUUGACGAACUUCUUAAAAAUCACACAAACGUGAUGAACUCGCUGCUUGCUUACGAAGAACAAGCAAAGAAAUUAACAACAACCUCUGAGAAACUGCUAGAAUCCGGUAACUACAAUGAUAAAGUAAUCAAAAAGACAACUCUGAUCAUGAAUGAAAAAUGGAAAGGAUUAAAGGCCUCUGCUGGUGACAAACAAACAAGGCUCGAAGAAUCAAAAUUGUUGCAACAGUUUCUACAGGAUUCUCAUGAGGUAAAAUGUAUUUAAUGUAAUUUUCACAAGCAUGAAUAUCGGUUGAUAUCUGAACUAUCUGAAAUUUACUGAAAAUGAUUAUAAACACUUUGAUAUUUCGAGCGAAGCCCCAUAUCUCAGAGAGUAACGAUGACAGUUUGUCGCAUGAAGAAUACUACCUAUGUUGGGCCAUGUAUGUUUGACAUAAUUAUAUUGUGUACCAUUAAUAUGCUUUUUGGUGGAAAUAAGUUGAAGUCUUCCAUUUAUUUUUUAGCUCGAGUCAUGGAUGAAAGAAAAAUUGCAAAUAGCGAACGAUACUUCGUAUUUAGAAAGAAGUAACCUUCAACAAAUUUUACAAAAACACAAGACACUGGAAUCCGAGCUGUCUGCAAAUACAAGAAGUGUCGAAGACGCAAUCCUUCAGGGCAAAACCUUGGUUCAAGACAAACAUUUCGCUUCUAUUACGAUAGGAAAAACGAUCGACGAAAUACAAAGAUCUUGGAAUGAACUGAACGAAAAGGCCAAAGACCGGGGGAAGAAACUUCAUCAAGCUUCCGAGAAGAGGGGUUUUGACUGGUCCAUCGAGGAUUUCAUCGAAUGGUUAUCGAACGUAGAGAAAGCAUUAACUUCGGAAGACUUGGGACAAGAUUUGAACAGUGUUAACAGUUUAAUAAAGAAACAAGGCUUACUAGAAACAGACAUUGCUGCACAUCGGGAAAGACUGAAUGAGAUUUCGCGAAGAGUUGAAGAGUUUGAAGAGACCAACCAUUUUCAAUUGGAUGAGAUUCGUCAAAAGGCCGAUGAAGUUACAAAAAGGUAAAAUGUAUUACGUAAAUGUAUUAGCAUUCAGUUGGUAGAGUAUUCUGGCUAAAGGUGUUCCGUAUUGUAAGUCAGGAAAACUCUAUAAGUCGUAUACCAGUACUGGUUGGUUGCAUGACAAUUCUGCCUUUCAAUUCUGUGUCUUGAUUCCUGUAAUAUACUCAAAUCUUGCAUUGUAAUUCAUCUCAGUCCCAUGUGAAAUAAAUAGAGGAUAUUACACGGCGGCGCGAAGAUAUGACUUUUUAUCUUCGAGUGGUGAAAACAAUAUUUAACGAACGAGCGCAGCGAGUGAGUAAAAUUUUGUUUUGAACACGAGAAGAUAAAAGUCAUAUCUUCAAGCCAACGUGUAAUGUUCUGUUUAUUAUAUAGUCCCAAGCAAAAAACUGUAUAAGUACUAAAAGUCACUAUAUAUAAUAAAUGCCCUUAGUUUGACUCUUCGAAAACCAUACGUUUUCUCUGGGGGGCUCUGGUUUCCUCCUGUAAUAACACUAGACCAAUAAGGGUUACUGGAUGUAUAUAGGAAGAACAAUUUAGAACUGAUAACGCUACCAAGUAUAAGAAGCAAAGGUAGUUUAGUUUAGUAUAUUCUCAUGAGUGGUUUUAAUGUACAUAUGAUGAUUGUUCUCAUACUUGUAGGUACAACGAUCUAACCGAGCCUGCUGUACAUCGCUCGUCGCUGUUACAGCGGUCGUUGCAUCUUCAUCAAUUUCUUCGCGAUGUGCAAGAUCAACUGAGAUGGUUACAGGAAAAACAAAGAAUGGCAGAAUCAGAUGAAGUGGGCCAAGAUUUACUAGGUAUUUCAAAGUCUAAUGUAUUAUUUUUAAGUCUUAAAUUCAGCUUCAAAUUUGACAAUAAUUGCAAAAAUUGGCAAAAAUAGAAAUUCCUCAAAUUCAACAGCAAAUUAAAUUCCAAGUAUGAAUUUUAAUUUCAUAGUUGCGGAACCCCUCCCAGCAUCGAAAAGUAGUAUAUUCCUUUACUAAAAAUUGGUAUAUUCCUGUGUACUGAAAACUAGUAUAUUCCUGUGUAUUUUCCCAGUACUGAAAUGUAGUAUAUUCCUGUGUCGGUCUAGGAGCUGAGGCAUUGAUGAAAAAACACGAAGUGCUGGAAACUGAGGUGACUGUUCGUGAACAGCUUGUUAGGACUGUGGAAAAGACUGGGGAACGCUUGAUUAGUGAGCAACAUUACGCAUCGGAAGAUAUUCUUGAAAAGAACAGUUCUCUUCAGGAAGCAUGGAAAACAUUGCUAGCAACUAUUGAAGAGAGGAGGAAGAAACUGGAUGACUCUUUACAAGUGCAGAAGGUAGGGGGCUUAUCAAAAUGCAAUGUUAAUUUAGUCAUUCCAAUUGUGCUAGAAAUUCGAAAAAUUGGAAAGAGCAAUUCUACGGUAUUACUAAUGAAUAGCCGUUUCUUCUUUAUGUAGUAUUAUCGCAAUGUUCUCGAUACCGAGUCAUGGAUCACAGACAAGCUGUAUCUUGCUAAUAGUGAUGAUUUGGGUCAGUCUGAAGAGAGUGCAGAACUUCUACUUCGCUCUCAUGAAACCUUGCAACUUGAUGUACAUGGAUUUGAAUCGAAAAUAAACGAAUUGAAGAAACUUAGUCAGGAUAUGAUACAAAAUGGACAUUUUGAACAUGUCCUUAUUGCAGAACGUCAGGUACUUAAACCAGUAGCUAACUUUAGUUGGAUUGAAUUGUAAUAUAAGGAAUACAUGUUUUCCAAAAGAAAACUAUAUAUGGGUGUCUCCAGAUAGUCCGGUUUCCUCCUAACGGAACAGUAGACGAAUAAGGAAUGACUCUCACUGGACCUCGUAGGAGAACAGUUGAGAACUGAUAGAGCUAUCCAGUAAAAUCCAGUUUUUUUUUAUUCUUAGACGAAACUGGAACAGAAGUUCGAAGAUUUAAAACAGAGUGUGGAAGUACGGCAACAACGCUUAGAAGACUCCGUAUCUUGGUUUAAAUUUUCCCACGAGAUUGCUGAACUCCGUGACUGGAUGCUUGAUUUAGAGAAAGUCGUAGACUCCGAGGAUUGCGGCACAGAUUUGGAGCAUGCGCAAAUGCUGCUGAAUAAGUUUGAAGAUUUCGCGCGAGAUUUAGUUUCAUCUGAGGACCGAGUGGUAGCCAUCAACGAUAUGGGUCAGGAAGUGAUUGAAGCUGGACAUAGCCAGGCACAGGUACAGAUAAAGCUGUUUAACUUUAAAAAGAAUAAAAACCUACCAUUAUUCUACAACAGUGUACUCCAUCAUUUCACAUGUGAAAUGGUAUGUGCAUUUUCCGUAAGGGAGGGUAGCACCAAGGCAAUUUGCAUAGUGUAACAUCGACUUGUCUGUUGUGGAUGCGAAACUUGAUUGUAACUCGCCUAAACUCACCGCAAGUUUGGACGAUUUAAGGUGAGUUUUGGCGAUUUAAGGUGAGUUAAGGUCCCAGACAAGUACAUAUAAAGCAAAGUGGACCGCAGUCACAGAUGUGAAAAGCAGAGGCACUAAUAAUCAUUGUACUACCAGCUCACUAUCUUCUUUGUGUUUCAGGAUAUUGAACGAACGAUAUUGGAACUUUGUGAAGACUGGGAUGAUUUGAAGGAGCGAGCUAGCGCGCGGUUGAAGAGACUAGAAGACUCGCGAGACUUGCAUAGUUUUAAGAACAACAUGGAGGACACAAAAACGUGGAUCCAGGAGAAACAGGGGAUGUUGAUGUACAAUGAGGAUCUUGGAAAAGACUGCUUAACUGUAAAGAAAUUGUUACGAAAACAUGAUGAAAUGAAGGUAUUAUGUCGGCGGCAAUACGAUUUUACGAAGGUGUUAUAUUAUGUGUUGUGACGUCAUUUGUAAGGGGGCUCAAUAGAUGGAUUCAAUAUUAUCAAAUUUGAGGAUUUAUUAAUUAGUUACUUUACUUAGCCUUAACCUUUUUUCUUCAUUUACAGAGAGACGUGGAUGCUGUAUCAAUGAAAGCAAAGAACUUCCAAAAAGAUGGUCUCAACUUAGCUUCCCAAGUUCCUGCAGAAAAGGAGGGCCUCGAACUGUUGCUCGCAGAAGUUGGUGAUAUGCUUCAACAAUUGCUUUCAAGCAUGGCUUCUCGACGACAAAAGCUUGAACAGUCUUUGGAGUUGCAACAGUUUCUAAGUGAACACAAGAAUAUCAGGUAAAAUGCCUUCGUACAUGAUUUAACAAUCAUAUGAUUUUUAGUAAUUACUCCACUUAUUUUGAUUUAUAUUGUUUCUGCUUUUCAGUUCUUGGAUAGCAAAUAUGACUGCACAGGUGAAGUCAGAUUACCAUGGAAACAACGGAACUGCUCUUGAAGGGAUGUUAUCUAAACAUCAUGAACUUAAAACAGAAGUCGAUACAAUGCGUAAAAAUGAUGAAAACCUCGAUGCCUCUGGUGAAAAUCUCCUCAGGGAACAACAUUAUGCUUCGGAAAUGAUAACAGAGAAGCUUGAAGAAUUGCGUACAAGUUGGAGUGUUCUUUUGAAAUCAUGGGAAGAUCGCACUGAGGAGCUUCAGAAACGAAAGAAAGCUGAAAAUAUGAAUCGUGAGGUUACUCAACUGGAAGCAUGGUUGCUUAACCAAGAGGCUGAACUCUCGUUGAAUGAGAUUGGCAAUUGUUUGGAAAAUGUUGAGGAUUUAUUGAAGAGACAUGAUAAAGUCGAAAGAAUGUUACAUGCUCAAGAGGAACGUUUUCUGGGCUUGAUCCACUCCUCAGAUGACGAGGAGGGUUACAAUGUGGCAAUUGAGGAGAAUGAAGGCGCUGUUAUCGAGCAUGUUGAUGAUCUAACUUCUACGUCCUUGGCUUCAGAAGAUAAUUUUUCAGCGAAUAACAACUAUGAUACAGCAUAUAUUAGUGAGAUAUCUGAAUUGAACAGCACAUCAAGCCCUCAUAAUGGCUUAACAAACAGGUCCUUGGAUUCUGACGACUUUUCAACGAGCACAGCAGAAAUAACUAAGCUGUCUGAAUUGAACAGUAUGCCAGAUUUGUCAAAUUUCAAUUUUCAAGGUGAAGAAACUGGUGGCAGGGUCAUACAAAGUGAUCAGUUACCCAAACUCAAUUUAGCGGCUUCGGAGUGGACGAUGGACCAAAGUGAUGAUGACUCUAAAUUGACCGAAGACGCGGCGAUGCUUAUCGAUGGAAUGGCAAUUGGUGUUGGAAAUGAUCAUGUAAAAGCUGAUGUUCCAGAUAUGUUUGUAGACAAAGCGAGCUCAGAAACUAUGGACUAUGAAAGUACUAGAGUCAUUGAUGAAUACCCUACAUCAACCAGUACAGAUGUUUUUAAUGAGAGAAUUAAAACGAACUCUCCCAAACUUCAGAAUAAGAAAAGUUUGUAUAAAGAACCAAUGUCAGCCUCAGAUCGUAUACUAGGCGUUUCGCCUUUGUGCUCUGGAAUGUUGCAACGUAAACAAGAGACAGACAUUUCAGGGCAGCGUUCGGUUGCUCAACCUUGGAGGUCGUAUUAUACAGUUCUAUCUGAAGAUAUUCUUCAAUUCUUUAAAGAUCUCGAAGGUUUUAAAUCUAAGUGGCAUGUGUCGAAGCCUAUGAGUUUAGUAGGUUCUUUCUGUGAACAAGUUAGGGAAAGUUCAAGACAGGGUUAUAUAUUUAGAGUCAUUUUUCGUGAUAAGUCCGAGUAUUUGUUUGCUACUGAAAAUGAGGAAGAACGUAAGUUGUGGGUGAUGAAAAUCAAUUCGGUGAUAAAAAUGGCUGCAAGGUAUGGUAGCAGUAGUGGUGGUGAUGGUAACGUUUACUAUGGUGAUAAUAGUGGUAGUCAUGGUGAUAAUGAUGGUCAUGAUGAUGCUUAUGGUCACAUUCACCACAGAGAUGGUGAUUUUGAUGGUGCUGGCCAUGAUAAUAGUGAUGAUCUUCAUUCUGAUAAUGAUGAAGAUGAUGGUGGUCGUUAUAGUCAAGUUUAUCAUGAUGAUAGUGAUGGUGCUUUUGAUGGUGAUAGGGAUGAUCAUGAUUCUGGUAAUGAUGGCAGAGGUGAUAUUGACGAUAUUAAACCCGAUGAUAAAAAUUCAAAUAAUCUUAAAAAAGCGCAUUCCGACCUUUACAACUCCAAUACACCCAUGAUUGUCAUCACAGAUACGAAUUCAAACAACGAAUUUCUGGUGGAAGAUGAGAUUUAUACUGACACACAUUCAUCGUCUGAAGAGGAUGCUCAACUUUCUGAUAUUCAAUUGUCUGAUAAAGAUAUGCGAUUGUCUGAUGAAGAUACGAUGUCAUUACCUGAGUACUCUGACUACGAACAACCAAGUUGGUAUCCUACGCCGAAUUCGGAUUCAUUGGAUCAUAAUGACGCGUAUCCAGUUCCUAAACUUUCCAAUCAGGACAAUGGUUCCACCAGUGAUAGUGACUCAUUCGAAACCCCACCCCCUCCCCCCAGUAACCCACCGUCUUAUCCUGCUGCCGACUCGAUCGCUCCCCCUGGUAAACCUUCAGCUCGCGUCUUCAAAACCAAAGACAGCAAGGAAUAUAAUUCCCCACCUCCCGUGCCAAGCACCCCACCUCCCUCAAUCCCUGUAUCAGACAUAGAAUCAAAUCUCUCCCCUGACUUGCCAGAGGGUUUUCCUCCGGAGGCCACGGAUGAUAAUCUUUCGGAUUUGUUGGAUUUCAUCCCCCCUCCUGUGUUGGACCCAUCUUUCGAUUUUCUCGAGGGAACGAAGGACGAAGUCAAGUUUACUCCUUCAACACGACCUCAACCAGAAACCAAGAGUGAUCCCUCUACUUCUUCGAGGUUUAGUUCUCGGAGAAUCGCCCCUCCCCCGCCUCCCCGUCCCUCCGUGUCAUUGCUGUCCGACAUGGACCUACCUAUAUCUAUACAAACCGAGCGGAAACAACAUGAACGCAAAGACGAAAAGAAAGGACUGUUCUCAGGUAUCUUUAAAAGAAAGAAAUAAAGGAGCCAUAUGAUUUAAAACGCCUUAAUUUUGACCCAUCACAAAAAAACAGUAAAAUUGUAGAUAUGACUGAAUCGUAUUCGUAAUAAGUAGAAUUAAUGUUUAUGCACGUUGCUACCCUUUACUUGCAUACUACUUUUGUUCCAUUCUAUACCCGCAUUAUCAUAACCAUGGUAACCAGACAAUGAUGACUUCGGUGCGAACUAGAAGGAAACAUGUGUUUACGUGUAAUUUUGUAUUAUGUAUGCAUUAUCACUAUAUUUUUUCUCUAUGAUUUUUUGUAACUUUGUAUAAAUUUUUACGCACUCACCGCAUGAAAUAUAUUCCGACAAACUUGUAAAUUUUUGUGGGAGAAAUAAAUGUAUUACAAUGGAC